AGUAGGAACAAAACAGAUCCGUGUACUUUUUUCCUACAGAAGUUCUAAGGAAAACGAGUACCGAAGCCACGUGUAUUUCCUGAAGCCGUUCAUCUAAUCACGAUGGACGGGGGGUGGCCACAAUACGACAAUGAUGUGCAAAAUAUGUUGGACAUGUUCAUCACAAGCGAACACGACCAUCUACUCCAGCACCAACAUGGUGAUGAGAUGCAUGGCCUGCUUGGAGCCACUACCAACAUGGGUAACACUGACGAGGGUAACGCUUUAGCUGCAGACAAAGGCAACAACAACGAUGGAGAGACCCGUAGUGAGCAGAGAAUGGUGAAAAUGCAUGCUAAGUAUCACCGUCUCUUUGGGGAACAAAUCGAGCAACUUGAAGCGGUGUUCCAGGAAUGCCCUUAUCCAAAUGCGAAACUCCGGAAAAACCUUAGCGAGAGGCUUGGCAUGAGUGCGCCGCAAGUCAAGUUCUGGUUCCAAAACAAACGUAACUACAGCAAGAGCAAGAAGCAGCUACGGGAUACCAAGAAUCUUCAGGGAGAGAACCAGAUGCUAAAUAAUGAAAACCAGGCCAUCAAAUGGGUUGUGCAAAACAAUACAUGCCUCAAAUGCGCAGGGGUGAUGCUACAAACUCAGGAUACCUCAGAGCACCAACGCCUGUGUACAGAGAAUAUGAGGCUCAAGGAAGAACUUCGACAUGCCACCGCCUAUCUUAAAGAGGGUCUCCGCCGAAAUGGCAUGUGGCCCCUAUUUACCCGUGACUAAACACAACGUCUUCCAUGUUAGCCAACGUCAUAUGAAUCCUAGUUUCGCUUUAUUCCCCUUCUAGCAAAUAACACGCCAUGUUGUGUGUGUAUGUACACGACUUGGUCGCUGGUUUAUUUCUUUCUGUAGGCUGUUGUGGUUGCUACGUGGGAUGGCACGAGACCUAGCGAUUGCGGCAGCAAUAUUGGGGUAGUGGAGUGACUGGCUUUGGGGUGGCACUGCCAUGAAGCUCGGUCGAACUCUUGUAUUUCUUUCUUCCAAUUUGUAGCCGAACGGGUCAAAUAGUGGCCAGUUGAAUAGACAAGCAAAAACAAAAUAAUGUGUAAGUCGAAUGCCGCACAAGAAUUUUGUGUCUUGUAACAUUUCAUCAUGUGAGU